UAUUUGUAAGUGUUGCCAUUGAAUAUUACAUUUUAUGUCAAUUACAACAUAUAAUUACUAUUGAAUUUAAAAUAUUUAUCAAUUCCUAAUGUUUUACACAUUUAAACAAACAUCUAACAAUUUGUUUAAAAUAUUUUGGUUAUUAUAUUGAAUAAUUAAUUAUCAACUUAAUUUAUCUUAUUAUUUAUAACUUAUGAAUAUAGUCUAAUGGAAAGUGAUAUUGGUAUUUCGAGUAAUUUAGGCGGAGGCUUAUUAUUGAGAUAUGCUAGUCAAAAUUCUUUAGAUGAAAGCUCUCAAAAACAAACACCAAGGUCGAAUAGAACUGAGCGAACUCCUUACAGAAAUAAUUCUCAUAUAGUUCGUGCAUUUGAAGUAUUACAGUCCUUACGAAAAGAUGAAGUACUAUGUGAUAUUAAGUUAGAAACAGAUGAUGGUACAAUUGUUUGUGGACAUAAAAUAAUUUUAGCUUCAACUAGUCCAUACUUCCAUGCAAUGUUUUCCAGCUUUGGAGAGAGCAAUAAAAAUCAUGUUAUUAUCAGAGAACUAGAUUCUAAUGCAUUAAAGUUAUUAAUCGAUUUUAUUUACACAGCUCAAAUUAUGGUAACUGAAGAAAAUGUUCAAGUAUUACUACCUGCUGCUAACCUUUUACAACUACAUGAUGUUCAAGAUGCAUGUUGUGAUUUUUUACAAUCCCAACUGCAUCCUACAAACUGUCUUGGAAUUAAGGCAUUUGCUGAUCUCCACAGUUGUAUGGAAUUGUUAUCAAGUUCUGAAUCAUAUAUACAACAGCAUUUUUCAGAGGUUGUCGAAGGAGAUGAAUUUCUUUCAUUAUCUUCUGAGCAAGUUGUUAAAUUGAUAUCAAGUGAUGAGCUUACUGUUCCUUCUGAGGAAAAGGUUUUUGAAUGUGUUAUAUGUUGGGUCAACAAUAGUCCUAAUACACGAAAAGAAUAUUUACCAAAACUUAUGGAACAUGUUCGUUUACCACUGGCUUCUAAAGAUUAUUUAUUAAAAAGAGUUGAAGAAGAACCCCUUUUAAAAAAUAGUUUACAAUGUAAAGAUUUCAUUAUAGAAGCAUUGAAUUUUCAUCUUUUGAAGUCUGAACAACCUGGUACUAUUCCCAAAACAAUUCGUACAAAGCCUAGACAGCCAGUAGGUUUACCUAAAGUUAUUCUUGUAGUAGGUGGUCAAGCUCCAAAAGCCAUUCGUAGUGUUGAAUGGUAUGAUCUAGAAAACAACCGAUGGCAAUCUGGACCUGAAAUGAGUACACGGCGUUGUAGAGCUGGUCUUGCAGUAAUGAAAGAUCGUCGUGUGUAUGCUGUAGGAGGAUUCAAUGGUUCAUUACGAGUCCGUACUGUUGAUAUGUUAGAUUUAUCUUCACAAUCACCUUGUUGGGUCCCUUCUGUUGCUAUGUUAACUAGAAGAGGCACAUUAGGGGUAGCUGUUUUAGAAAAUUGUAUUUAUGCAGUUGGUGGCUUUGAUGGAACUAAUGGAUUAAGUAGUGCUGAAGUAUUUGAUUGUAAUACACAAGAAUGGCGAAUGAUAUCGAGUAUGUCAACACGAAGAAGUAGCGUUGGGGUUGGAGUAUUAAACAAUUUAUUAUAUGCGGUUGGUGGUUAUGAUGGACUAUCUCGUCAAUGUUUAAAAUCAGUUGAAUGCUAUCAUCCUAGUACUGAUACAUGGACACCAGUUGCUGAAAUGAGUGUUCGUCGUAGUGGUGCUGGUGUUGGAGUUUUAGAUGGUGUUAUGUAUGCUGUUGGUGGACAUGAUGGACCUGAAGUUCGUAACAGUGUUGAAGCAUAUAGACCAAGUACUGGAGUAUGGACACCAAUAGCAGAUAUGCAUUUGUGUAGAAGAAACGCUGGGGUAAUAGCAUUAGCUGGGUUACUUUAUGUAGUUGGUGGUGAUGAUGGAGCUUGUAACUUAUCUUCUGUCGAAGUUUAUAACCCAAAUACAAACACUUGGUCUAUGUUAUCAACUUCUAUGAAUAUUGGCCGUAGUUAUGCUGGAGUAGCAGUUAUUGAAAAACCUCCUCAUUUUAAUAGCUGAACUUAUAACUUUCAAUUUGUUAAAUUUCUGUUAUAUUCCUGCAUGUUUAAUUUAAGUUUUCUACUUAAAAUUUCAAUUGUUGUAUAUUUGUAAAUAGUUUAGUGUAAUUAUUUAUUAUUAACGAACAUUUGUUGUAAUAUUGAAUAAAAUUUAAAAAUCUCAAUGCUAUAUAAUAUAUUCAAAAUAUUGUUAUUAAAAAAAAAAAUUUGGAGAAAUUUUAAAUUUGAUAAAAUAUUUUAAGUUUUUUAGUUCAGGAUAUUGGAUAUUAUCUUUCUCAGCUCUUUUUUUGAUUUGGCAGUAUUGAAAUAUCUUUUUCUAAGAUUUGUCUGAUUUUUGUAAUUGUAAGGUUUUAUUAUGUGUGGAACCUUAUUUAAGGCACACUUAAUAAAUCUCUUGCAUUGGCCUUAUUUGCAAAUUUAAUUUUUCAUGGAAUGCCUAUUUUUUUACAAUAAUAAAAAAUAUACAAUAUUAAAGAUUUACAUAUAGUUUACCUCUUAAAAUUUUAACUUA